AUGGUGAAUGGAAGUGACUGGUGUCAGGGUCGUGUGGAGAUCCUGUACCAAGGCUACUGGGGGACUGAGUCAGGUUUGGCCCUGAGGCUGGUGAGCGGAGGGGACCGGUGUCAGGGGCGCGUGGAGGUCCUGUACCGAGGCUCCUGGGGCACCGUGUGUGACGACGACUGGGACACCAAUGACGCCAACGUGGUCUGCAGGCAGCUGGACUGUGGCUCGGCCACUUCGGCCCCUGGAGGUGCCCAUUUUGGUCAAGGCUCAGGGCCAAUUUUCCUAGACGACCUGCGCUGCUCCGGGCAUGAGUCCUACCUGUGGAGCUGCCCUCACAAUGGCUGGAACUCGCACAACUGUGGCCAUGGAGAAGAUGCUGCUGUCAUCUGCUCAGGUGGGGAUGAAAUAUACCCAUCUCUCUCUCUGAGAUGAUACAGAUGGAGGAGGAUUUCUGUUCUUUAUCCCUCAGGGACUGAGUCUGGUUUGGCCCUGAGGCUGGUGAGCGGAGGGGACCGGUGUCAGGGCCGCGUGGAGGUCCUGUACCGAGGCUCCUGGGGCACUGUGUGUGACGACGACUGGGACAUCAAUGACGCCAACGUGGUCUGCAGGCAGCUGGGCUGUGGCUCAGCCACUUCGGCCCCUGGCAGUGCCCGUUUUGGUCAAGGCUCAGGGCCAAUUUUCCUAGACGACCUGCGCUGCUCUGGCCAUGAGUCCUACCUGUGGAGCUGCCCUCACAAUGACUGGAACUCACACAACUGUGGCCAUGGAGAAGAUGCUGCUGUCAUCUGCUCAGGGACUGAGUCUGGUUUGGCCCUGAGGCUGGUGAGCGGAGGGGACCGGUGUCAGGGCCGCGUGGAGGUCCUGUACCGAGGCUCCUGGGGCACUGUGUGUGACGACGACUGGGACAUCAAUGACGCCAACGUGGUCUGCAGGCAGCUGGGCUGUGGCUCAGCCACUUCGGCCCCUGGCAGUGCCCGUUUUGGUCAAGGCUCAGGGCCAAUUUUCCUAGACGACCUGCGCUGCUCUGGCCAUGAGUCCUACCUGUGGAGCUGCCCUCACAAUGACUGGAACUCACACAACUGUGGCCAUGGAGAAGAUGCUGCUGUCAUCUGCUCAGGUGGGAAUGAAAUAUACCCAUCUCUCUCUCUGAGAUGGUCUUUGAGGGGAAGAAACACACUAUCCACAAAGGGCCCACAUCCAGCACUCUGAGAUAUUCUGUGCCUCCCAAGCUCCAUACUGGGGACUGAGUCAGGUUUGGCCGUGAGGCUGGUGAAUGGAGGGGACCGCUGUCAGGGCCGCGUGGAGGUCCUGUACCGCGGCUCCUGGGGCACCGUGUGUGACGACGACUGGGACACCAAUGAUGCCAACGUGGUCUGCAGGCAGCUGGGCUGUGGCUGGGCCACGUCGGCCCCUGGAAGUGCCCGUUUUGGUCAAGGCUCAGGGCCAAUUUUCCUAGACGACCUGCGCUGCUCUGGCCAUGAGUCCUACCUGUGGAGCUGCCCUCACAAUGGCUGGAACUCGCACAACUGUGGCCACGGAGAAGAUGCUGCUGUCAACUGCUCAGGGACUGAGUCAGGUUUGGCCGUGAGGCUGGUGAACGGAGGAGACCGCUGUCAGGGCCGUGUGGAGGUCCUGUACCAAGGCUCUUGGGGCACCGUGUGUGAUGACGACUGGGACACCAGUGAUGCCAACGUGGUCUGCACGCAGCUGGGCUGUGGCUGGGCCAUGUCGGCCCCUGGAAGUGCCCAUUUUGGUCAAGGCUCAGGGCCAAUUUUCCUAGACGACCUGCGCUGCUCUGGCCAUGAGUCCUACCUGUGGAGCUGCCCUCACAAUGGCUGGAAUUCGCACAACUGUGGCCAUGGAGAAGAUGCUGCUGUCAUCUGCUCAGGGACUGAGUCAGGUUUGGCUCUGAGGCUGGUGAGCGGAGGGGACCGCUGUCAGGGCCGCGUGGAAGUCCUGUACCGAGGCUCCUGGGGCACCGUGUGUGACGACGACUGGGACACCAAUGACGCCAACGUGGUCUGCAGACAGCUGGGCUGUGGCUCAGCCACUUCGGCCCCUGGAAGUGCGUUUGGUCAAGGCUCAGGGCCAAUUUUCCUAGACAACCUGCGCUGCUCUGGCCAUGAGUCCUACCUGUGGAGCUGCACUCACAAUGGCUGGAACUCGCACAACUGUGGCCAUGGAGAAGAUGCUGCUGUCAUCUGCUCAGGGACUGAGUCAGAUUUGGCCGUGAGGCUGGUGAGCGAAGGGGACCGGUGUCAGGGUCGCGUGGAGGUCCUGUACCAAGGCUCCUGGGGCACUGUGUGUGAUGACGACUGGGACACCAAUGACGCCAACGUGGUCUGCAGGCAGCUGGGCUGUGGCUGGGCCAUUUCAGCCCCUGGAAGUGCCCGUUUUGGUCAAGGCUCAGGGCCAAUUUUCCUAGACAACCUGCGCUGUUCUGGCCAUGAGUCCUACCUGUGGAGCUGCCCUCACAAUGGCUGGAACUCGCACAACUGUGGCCAUGGAGAAGAUGCUGCUGUCAUCUGCUCAGGGACUGAGUCAGGUUUGGCCCUGAGACUGGUGAGCGGAGGGGACCGGUGUCAGGGCCGCGUGGAGGUCCUGUACGAAGGCUCCUGGGGCACCGUGUGUGAUGACGACUGGAACACCAAUGACGCCAACGUGGUGUGCAGACAGCUGGACUGUGGCUCGGCCACUUCAGCCCCUGGAAGUGCCCAUUUUGGUCAAGGCUCAGGGCCAAUUUUCCUAGACAACCUGCGCUGCUCUGGCCAUGAGUCCUACCUGUGGAGCUGCCCUCACAAUGGCUGGAAGACACACAACUGUGCCCAUGGAGAAGAUGCUGGUGUCAUCUGCUCAGGGACUGAGUCAGGUUUGGCCCUGAGGCUGGUGAGCGGAGGCGACCGGUGUCAGGGCCGCGUGGAGGUCCUGUACCAAGGCUCCUGGGGCACCGUGUGUGACGACGACUGGGACACCAAUGACGCCAAUGUGGUCUGCAGGCAGCUGGGCUGUGGCUGGGCCACUUCAGCCCCUGGAAGUGCCCGUUUUGGUCAAGGCUCAGGGCCAAUUGUCCUAGACAACCUGCGCUGCUCUGGCCAUGAAUCCUACCUGUGGAGCUGCACUCACAAUGGCUGGAACUCGCACAACUGUGGCCAUGGAGAAGAUGCUGCUGUCAUCUGCUCAGCUUAUGAGCUUAAGGUACAGAUGGAGGAGGAUUGCUGUUCUUUAUCCCUGGGGACUGAUUCAGGUUUGGCCCUGAGGCUGGUGAGCCGAGGGGACCGGUGUCAGGGCCGCGUGGAGGUCCUGUACCGCGGCUCCUGGGGCACCGUGUGUGACGACGACUGGGACACCAAUGACGCCAACGUGGUCUGCAGGCAGCUGGGCUGUGGCUGGGCCACUUCGGCCCCUGGAAGUGCCCGUUUGGGUCAAGGCUCAGGGCCAAUUUUCCUAGACAAUCUGCGCUGCUCUGGCCAUGAGUCCUACCUGUGGAGUUGCCCUCACAAUGGCUGGAACUCGCACAACUGUGGCCACUCAGAGGAUGCGGGUGUCAUCUGCUCAGCUACUCCAUCUCAGUCCACAAUCCAGCCAGGUGAAUGGAGGAGGAUUGCUGUUCUUUAUCCCUCAGGGACUGAGUCAGCUUUGGCCCUGAGGCUGGUGAGCGGAGGGGACCGGUGUCAGGGCCGCGUGGAGGUCCUGUACCGAGGCUCCUGGGGCACCGUGUGUGACGACGACUGGGACACCAAUGACGCCAACGUGGUGUGCAGGCAGCUGGGCUGUGGCUGGGCCACUUCGGCCCCUGGCAGUGCCCGUUUUGGUCAAGGCUCAGGGCCAAUUGUCCUAGACAACCUACGCUGCUCUGGCCAUGAGUCGUACCUGUGGAGCUGCCCUCACAAUGGCUGGAACUCGCACAACUGUGGCCACUCAGAAGAUGCUGGUGUCAUCUGCUCAGCUGCUCUGUCUCAGUCCACGAUCCAGCCAGACACUGCCUGGAUCACCAGCUCCACAGCUUCAAUGACAGAAUUAGCUUUGGCCCUGAGGCUGGUGAGCGGAGGGGACCGGUGUCAGGGCCGCGUGGAGGUCCUGUACCGAGGCUCCUGGGGCACCGUGUGUGACGACGACUGGGACACCAAUGACGCCAACGUGGUGUGCAGGCAGCUGGGCUGUGGCUGGGCCACUUCGGCCCCUGGCAGUGCCCGUUUUGGUCAAGGCUCAGGGCCAAUUGUCCUAGACAACCUGCGCUGCUCUGGCCAUGAGUCGUACCUGUGGAGCUGCCCUCACAAUGGCUGGAACUCGCACAACUGUGGCCACUCAGAAGAUGCUGGUGUCAUCUGCUCAGCUGCUCUGUCUCAGUCCACGAUCCAGCCAGACUGGGUGAUUUCUGUUCUUUAUCCCUCAGGGACUGAGUCAGGUUUGGCCCUGAGGCUGGUGAGCGGAGGGGACCGGUGUCAGGGCCGCGUGGAGGUCCUGUACCGCGGCUCCUGGGGCACCGUGUGUGACGACAGCUGGGACACCAAUGACGCCAACGUGGUCUGCAGGCAGCUGGGCUGUGGCUGGGCCAUGUCGGCCCCAGGAAAUGCCCGGUUCGGUCAGGGCUCAGGGCCCAUUGUGCUGGAUGACGUGCGCUGCUCUGGGCAUGAGUCCUACCUGUGGCGCUGCCCCCACAACGGCUGGAACUUGCACAACUGCAGGCACUCGGAGGAUGCAGGCGUCAUCUGCUCAGCUGCUCGGCCGCAGUCCACAGUCCAGCCAGGCACCUGGCCCACCUCAUCCAUACCCACAGGAAUAACAACCGGGAAUGAAACAGGUUUGGCGCUGAGGCUGGUGAGCGGAGGGGACCGGUGUCAGGGCCGCGUGGAGGUCCUGUACCGAGGCUCCUGGGGCACCGUGUGUGACGACGGCUGGGACACCAAUGACGCCAACGUGGUCUGCAGGCAGCUGGGCUGUGGCUGGGCCAUGUCGGCCCCAGGAAAUGCCCGGUUCGGUCAGGGCUCAGGGCCCAUUGUGCUGGAUGACGUGCGCUGCUCUGGGCAUGAGUCCUACCUGUGGCGCUGCCCCCACAACGGCUGGAACUUGCACAACUGCAGGCACUCGGAGGAUGCAGGCGUCAUCUGCUCAGCUGUACAAAGCAUUCCUACUACCCCAGGACCCUCUUUAGAUUGUGGCGGCUUCUUAUUCAAUGCCAGUGGGGCAUUUUCUAGCCCAUCCUACCCUGGAUACUACCCCAACAAUGCCAAGUGUGUCUGGGAAAUAGAAGUGAACCCCGGCUACCGCAUCAAUCUGGGCUUCAGUCAUCUGCAGCUGGAGACGCAUAGAAAUUGUAGUUUUGAUUAUGUUGAAAUCUCUGAUGGAUCACUGAAUAGCAGUAACUUGCUGGGGAAAAUUUGUAAUGACACCAGGCAAAUAUUCACAUCUUCUUACAACCGAAUGAUUGUUCGAUUUCGAAGUGAUGUCAGUGUCCAAAACACCGGCUUUUCUGCUUGGUAUAACUCCUUUCCUAGAGACGCCGGCUUGAGAUUAGUCAAUUCAAACUUCUCCUAUAAUGCAUGUGCCGGGCGUGUGGAAAUUUACCACGGUGGCACGUGGGGGACGGUGUGUGACGAUUCCUGGGGCAUUCAGGAUGCCCAGGUGGUCUGCAGACAGCUGGAGUGUGGAUAUGCAGUAUCUGCCAUGGGAAAUGCCUAUUUUGGGCCCGGCUCUGGCCCCAUCACCCUGGACAAUGUAGUGUGCUCAGGGACUGAAUCUACUCUCUGGCAGUGCCGGAACCGUGGCUGGUUCUCCCAUAACUGUGCCCACAGUGAAGAUGCUGGAGUCAUUUGCUCAGGAAGCCAGCCAACAACGCAUGCUCCUGUUCACAAUGCCACUCGCCCAAACACAAAUUAUUCCUGCGGAGGCUUCCUGUCCCAGCCAUCCGGGUACUUUUCCAGCCCAUUCUAUCCAGGGAACUAUCCAAACAACGCCAGAUGUGUGUGGGACAUUGAAGUCCAAAGUAACUACCGUGUGACUGUUGUCUUCAGAGAUGUCCAGCUUGAAGGUGGCUGCAACUAUGACUAUAUUGAAGUGUUCGAUGGCCCCUCCCACAGUUCCCCUCUGAUUGCCCGUGUUUGUGAUGGAGCCAAGAGCUCCCUCAGUUCCUCAUCGAACUUCAUGUCCAUUCGCUUUGUUAGCGAUGGCAGCAUCACAAGGAGGGGCUUCCAGGCCAGCUACUACUCCAGCCCUUCUGAAGAUAACACCAAGCUGCUUUGUCUGCCAAACCACAUGCAAGCCAGUGUGAGCAAGAGCUACCUCCAAUCCCUGGGCUAUUCUGCCAAGGACCUUGUCAUUCCCAACUGGAAUGAAAGCUCCCAGUGUCAGCCCCAAAUAACGGCCAGCCAGGUGACGUUCACAAUUCCAUACUUGGGCUGUGGCACCAUCAAGCAGGUAGAUAAUGAUACCAUCAUCUAUUCCAAUUUCCUCAGAGUAGCUGUUCCAAGUGCCAUCAUCAAGAGGAAGAAGGAUCUCCACAUUCACAUCAGCUGCAAAAUGCUCCAGAAUACCUGGGUUAACACCGUAUACAUUGCUAAUGACACCAUCGAGGUCAAUGAAGUGCAGUAUGGCAAUUUUGACGUGAACAUUUCCUUUUAUACAUCUUCUUCAUUUUUCUAUCCGGUGACCAGCAGCCCGUACUAUGUGGGCCUGAACCAGAACUUGUACCUUCAGGCUGAGAUCAUCCAUUCUGACACCUCCUUGUCCUUGUUUGUGGAUACCUGUGUGGCAUCCCCAUAUUCCAAUGACUUUACAUCUCUGACUUACGAUCUAAUCCGGAGUGGGUGCGUGAAGGACAACACCUACCAAUCUUACUCUCAGCCGUCGCCUCGCAUCGCCCGCUUCAAAUUCAGUUCCUUCUACUUCCUGAGGCGCUUCCCCUCCGUGUACCUGCAGUGUAAGAUGGUGGUGUGCAGGGCUGACGACUACUUCUCCCGCUGCCGCAGAGGCUGCAUCCCGAGGUCCAAGAGGGACGUGGGCUCCUACCAGGAGAAGGUGGACGUCGUCCUGGGACCCAUUCAGCUGCAGGUCCCGCACACCGAGACGUGGAGCCCGGCUAAGUGGCGGACCUCCCGCCCCUAG